UCCCUCCAAUCAGCGGCCGGCCGCGGGAAGUUCGCUUCGGGGCCGCUUCGGGUGUCCCUUCUGCGGAGGAGGCUUCUCUGCUGUUGUGGGGUCGUGGGGAGACGUGUCCAGACGCUGCCUUCAGGAUGCCUUUAUCCCAAUUUGCCAAUCGGCUUCGGAAAGAUUUAAGCACUGAAAUGAUUAGAACUAGCAUUGCUCACAGGAAGUCGAUAUCUCAGAAGGAAAACAGAUAUAAGGUGUAUGAACGAAACAGGCACUUGGGCGUGAGAGAUGUCAACAUUCCAUUGGAAGGGAGAGAGCUUGUUGAUAUACAUGAGGUGUCUCAAGACUGCGCUCCAGAAAGGGCCAGUGCCAAAACGAGGUCAGAGAAAGUGGUCCUGAGUGACCAGAGGAAGCAGCUCCUCCAGAAGUAUAAAGAAGAAAAGCAGCUUCAAAAGCUGAAAGAGCAGCGAGAGAAAGCUAAGCGGGGAGUCUUCAAGGUGGGGCUCUACCGGCCUGCAGCGCCCGGCUUUCUCAGCACAGCCCGCAGCAGUGUCAAAGCUGAGCUGGAAAAGGCUUUUCCAUACAAUGGGCGUAUUACAAGAUCAAAGGCCAGAGACCACAUGGAACACACUAAGAUCGACAGUAAGAAUGUUCUUCAAGCAACACGAUCUGGCCAAAGACAAACUUCUGAAAAGAAAAUAUUGGACAAAGAGAAAAAAGUUGUGCAGCCCGUGGUGUCAUCAGGGAAAGUGACUGGAUCAGCUGCUACCCAGAGGACAAAGCCGGUGGCCCGAACAGUCUCGUAUGCCUUGAGAAAGCCAGUCACCAGAGUUGUUAAUGAGACUGAAUCGGAAAGAGUGGGGCCGAGCAGAGGCAGACUUGCCCGGAAGGUGGAUGCUAACCCUGACAAGGUCGUUCCCUCUAAAGCUGACGGCGAAGAAGCUAGUGUGACAAGUGGAGUGCAUCUGGGUGGCGUCUUCCCAGCGAUGGAGAGCUUGCCUGAGACCGCGCCUGCGAAACCGAAAGAAAGGAAGUCUUUUGCCCCUUUGCAUUGUGUGUUUCAGCCACCGAGUGGUCUGAAAACCUACCAAGUGGCAUCCGUGAGUCAUAGAAGUGACAGCACUUUCCUGAUGCCCAGUUGUGACCAGGACCUUUUAAAACCAGAAGUUACAACUCAAGAUGCAGCAAAUGAAAUCUUCGUACAGAAAUCUAUAACUUGUUCUACCAACACAGCGCAGCAAGAAUCAAAUAAAUUACGGGAGGAUUUGGAUUCUCCAGCAAUCUAUAGUGAAGUGUUUUCUUUUGUCAUAGAAGUUGGCUCAAAGCUAAAGGAAGUGUCUGCUACAAAUUCCAGUUGCCUUUCCGGGGAAGGAUUGGCAGCGCUUGAAGUAGGCGAAGGCCAGGAGUCGCAGCCACAGCACGAUGUGCCGUAUUUCAGAAAAAUCCUCCAGUCAGAAACUGACAAGUUAACUUCGCACUGCCUAGAGUGGGACAGGAAACUGGAACUGGACAUUCCUGAUGAUGCCAAAGACCUUAUUCGCACAGCAGUUGGUCAAACAAGACUCCUUAUUAAGGAAAGAUUCAAACAGUUUGAGGGACUGGUGGACAACUGUGAGUACAAGAGAGGAGAAAAGGAGACCACGUGCUCAGAUCUGGAUGGAUUUUGGGAUAUGGUUAGUUUUCAGGUAGAUGAUGUAAACCAAAAAUUCAGCAACCUGAUCAAACUUGAGGAAGCUGGAUGGAAAAGCAGUCAUAAUCCAAGCAAAACAGUCCUCCGGAAAAAGGCUGUGCCUGGUCGAUCAGACAAAACAAAACAGGACGACGAUGGGAGAAUGGCGGCUAGAAACCGUCUGGCUGCCAUAAAAAACGCAGUGAAGCAGAGGCUGAAGCAGGAGCAGUGUGCCCAAGCGGCAACCGCGGAAACGCCAAAGGAGGUGGAGAAAAUAGUGUUUGAUGCUGGCUUUUUCCGCAUCGAGAGUCCCGUUAAAUCGUUGUCAGCACUUUCUUCUGAACGCCGUUCUCAGAGGUUUGGAGCACUUACGUCUGCCAGCAGAGUCAUGCCCGAGAGUGGGGCUGCCAGGGACCUUCUGAGACAAAGGACAUCAUCACUGGAGAACCCUGAACCUCAGAGUAGCCAAAGUGAACGUGUUGAUAGGACAUUGUUUUCAGAUAGUCUCGGAAGCAGGUCCAGCCAAGUAGAAGACACUUUGUGUCCUGGAGAACAGGAUUCAAGUGCCAGAGACCAUGAUGGAAAUGAGGUCAAUGUCAAGAUGGAUUGUUUCCCCGACGACAUGAUGGAUUUCCCUCUCCCUGCUGGUGGAGCUAUGGGUGAUGCCGUGCAGGAGGGGGCACUUUCCGAUGAUGUGCUGAUGAGUAAUCCUGAGAGAGACUCCCCCGCUCGAAGUGCCCCCUCACAGGAAGAAGCCGCGGUGUCCCAGUCAGUACCAUUAUAUAGACAGCUCACUUCGGAACAUUGCCUUCUUGAUCCACCAGCCCUAAGCAACAUCAGUCCCUGCGCACAAUUGGAGACCAGACAGCAAAAUCGUGCCAGGUACAUCUCCUUUGGUGGUGACCUCAUCGUCUUCUCACCUCUGAGGCCCAGAAGUAAAGAGCACCAGGAGGGUUUUUAACUUAAAAGUAAUUCCAAACAUUUUUUCUUCGUAUCAUUAAUUCUCUGAUACAUUCUUAAGUUGUUGGAAAUGAAAAACAUGUGCUAGUAUUCACUUUAUUUGGUCUGUUUAUAUUGUAUUACAUAAUAUUUUAGUGUUCAGUGUUUAUUAAGACACUUGUGGUACUGUAAAAACUGCAGGUUUUGUAAAAUAUUAAACAAGGAACAAAUAUUUGCA